AUGGGUGGACCAUCGACCAUCCCCGAAGUGCACGAUUUCCUAUCCCGUCUAUUCCACGAUCACGACCUUAUCCCCCUCCCAUUCCAAUCCGUUCUCGCUCCAAUUAUCGCCAAACGACGUACCCCCCAGAUCGAAAAACAAUAUACCGACAUAGGCGGGGGAUCGCCAAUCCUCAAAUGGACCAAAAUACAAGGAGAGGAGAUGUGUAAAUUGCUUGAUGAGCUUAACCCCGAAACCGCACCUCACAAACCCUACGUCGCUUUUAGGUAUGCUAAACCUUUAACUGAAGAUUGUUUAGAAGAGAUGCAGAAGGAUGGAGUGACAAGGGCUAUAGCGUUCACUCAGUAUCCCCAGUAUAGUUGUUCGACGACCGGAAGUAGUUUGAAUGAACUUUUCAGGAUAGCGAGGAAAGAUGGGUAUGGAGAUAAGGGGUCGGUAGAGUGGAGUGUGCUGGAUAGGUGGCCCACAAAUGAGGGGUUGGUAGAGGCAUUCGCACACAACGUGAAAACUGCCUUGCAGCAGUAUCCCGAAGAAAGGAGAAAAGACGUCGUGAUCAUGUUUUCAGCUCAUUCUUUACCCCUUGAGAUUGUCAACCGAGGUGAUCCAUAUACCGCUGAGGUAGCAGCGACAGUCCACGCAGUGAUGACCAAGCUGAACUUUUCCAACCCAUACCGUCUCACUUGGCAAUCGAAGGUCGGACCUAAAGCAUGGCAAGGUCCUCAGACCGCUUCUGCUAUAGAAGGAUUCGCCAAGAUAGGUAAAAAAGAUAUAUGUCUGGUACCGAUCGCAUUUACAAGUGAUCAUAUCGAAACGCUCUAUGAGCUGGAUAUCGAGGUACAAGAGGAGGCUGAGAAGCUCGGCGUACACUUAACUCGAGCAUCAUCCCUGAACGACUCUCCAAUAUUCAUUCGAGCGAUUGCAGAUCUCGUAUCUAACCACUUGAAAGAUUUCCAACAGGGUAAAAUCGGUCCGACUGGUCAACAGUUGUUAUUGCGUUGUCCGGGAUGUACCAACCCCAAGUGCGGUAAGACGAAGGAAUGGUUAUCUACGGGUGGAGUUGGUCUAGCUGCUUAA